CAAGUAGAGUUCUCCGAAGUAUAAUAUUUCAGUUCUUCGUAUUCAGUGUACGAAACAAAACGAUGAUGUGGAAGAUAAAUAUAAGCGUAUUGUUUAUAAUCAAUCUAAUUAAUAUCAUCGAUGGAAAUUGUGAAAUCAAAGUAUACGAUAAUGAAUAUCAAGAAAAAGAAGUAGUAUGCAGCAACAUGAGAGAGAAAGUUAAUAAUGUAAGGGCACAGGUGAAAUGUAUGCCGAGAACGACAUUAAUGAAAUUAUUCCUGAAUAACGAAUAUACUUAUUAUCCUAACGUGAUACCAUUAAAAAGAUGUCACGGUCAUUGUCGUUUUUCUUGUUUACCGAUAAGAACAAAAAAAACACCUAUUCUCCUCCAACGUUCUCAUAUCAAUUCUGCUACUGUAUCAUGCGUUAUUGUCGAGGUCGAGGAACACACGCAUUGCAAAUGUGGCUGCGACGUUAUGGAGGAACAUUGCAACAACAAACAAAUCUACAAUGAAGAAGCUUGCAGCUGCGAUUGCAUAAAUGACGAAGAAAAAUUGAAAUGUAUGAAAAAACCUAACAUGUCUUGGGAUCCGGACAAUUGCAAAUGUAUGUGCAAUAAAAGUGAAGAAACGUGUUCAAGUGGUCUUAUGUGGAUUCGUGAUGCAUGCGCUUGCGCCAAAGUAACCAUGGUUGGAGAUAAUUAAUUUAUUAACGACCAUAACGAAAUAUACACUUAUUUUAAUUUGAAAUUUAUCCUAAGCUUUAAUAAAAAUGCGCUAAUUAGUUGUACCUCGUCGUACUUAGAAUGAUCAAAUUAUUAAAACAAAGAGAAAAAAAAAAACAGGAAAAUAAAUGAACAAGAGA